AUGGAAAUAGAUAAAGGAAAAGGAAUUGCUGCCCAAGGAGUUUUACAAGAACAGAGUAUAAGUCAAUUUUGGCUUGCCUUCCAAAGGUGUGAUCAAGAGUCUCAGAAGUUGAGGGGUGUAUCUAGUGGGGCUGAGACUUCAGAAAAACACGAUGAGAAAACGAAGAAGGUCCAUGAAGAUUUCUUGCUGGAAGCGCCUCUUGUUACUGGCUCUGCUAGGAGAGGAAAAGAGAAUGAAAAGAACCUUUUGGGUCCAAGGCAGAGUAUCAUAAGGACUGAUACAAAUCAUGGGCGCAGUCAAGUCCUGGAGUUGGAAGGUGUUAAAGCAAAAGAGAUUGUUGGGGAUCCACGGGACCUGAGGCUAGAUCAAACUGAGGGAUCGGAUGAUGGAAAUGAACUUAGCAUUGGCAAAAGUAAUAGACCAGCUCGGAGUACGAACUCCUGGACUAGACAGAAGAGAAACGUCAAUGGUCAGUCUUGGGUCAAUGUAGAUAAGCAAGAGGAAGAGUGCGAGCAUAAUGUUGAACGUGUUUUGAAGAGGAAGUUAAGCAAGGAUGAUGAAGUGACGUCGAAAUUGCCAAAAACUGAUGUGGGUUCGAUGGGAAAAGAGAGAUUCGGAAAUCAGAUGGAACAAAAGAAGCAGUUUGGAUACAAUGUAGAUUGGACAGUGCUUUUGGCAAUGCGGCAUGGUUUCACUUAUUUCCUAGAGCUCAAACUGAGUAUUUAG